GGGAGUACUGAGUCAAGCGUUACACUGAGAACUCAAGUCAACACUGUGAACUUGGAUAAUUAUUAAAUAGAUCAUUAUUUGAACUGUAUGUCUUUGAGCAGUUGGAACUGAAAAUCAUCAGAGGGGUCUUAACAUCCAUUUCACCAUUAAAACAUGGCGAAACAUCAAUACAACGUGGGCACAUUCCUGCAAGGAAUCAGCGACAAACUCCUUGCUGGGGUAAGAUCAGCUGAAGCCAUUGUUGAGGCUUCCAUUGCACAGCAGCUGAUAUCAUCCGAGGAGGACCUGAUUUCUAUCAACGAAGCUCAUACCCCGCAAGAUCAGCUGAGGACGCUGUUUCACGCUAUGGAAAGGGGGACAUCUGAAGCCAAAGAUGCCUUCUACCAAAUACUAGCGCUGAAAGAGCCUGAGCUUGUAGGAAUUUCAGAGCAAAGACAAGUAAACUCCAAGAUGACCCAAACCGAGCAGAGUAACUCCUUGGAAAAUCCUGAACAAUUGGAAGAAAAAGUAGUCGCCUUUGACCCGCAAAGCAAGACGUACUAUCUAAGAAAACAAAAACAAGAGACACUGCAAGCUAUCAAAGAAAUUGAAAUACUUUUCGAGUAUACUAAAUCAGAAAAGGCUGAAAUUGUCCAGAUGAAGGCAAGAAAUGAAGACCAACAAUCAUCAAUUGUUCAACUUAAAGCAGAAAAACAACAGCAGAAUUUAUUGAUAAUGAGUUUAGAAGUUAAGCUAGGCGGUGCUAUUCAGAAACUGCAGAAGACCAAGGAAGAUAUAAGGAAUGAAAAAGAGCUAAUUGAAAAAGUCUGGGCUGAUGUCAAAACAGAAAGAGAACUUAUAGACUGCAGGCGAAAUGAGUUCAUGAAUGAGCGAGAAAUAUUCAAAGCACUGAUCAUGCAUGAUAAGCCAAUAAGGCACACAGAACCGACAAAAACAAAUAAACAACUGCAAGAUGCAUUCAUAAAGAUUCAGGCUGACAUCCAGUGUCACAUUCAGGAAAACAAGAGAAGAGUAGGUGAAGCGAAGCAAGUGGAAGGACAAAUGCAAAAAUAUAUUGCUGAAAUAAAACACAACUUCAGGAUGGCAAAGUAUGAAAUUGCAUUUCUAAGGAAGCAAAUGAAGCGGAUGCGACUUCAAAUAAGCACAAACAUCAGAGAGACAGAGAAACGCAAGAACAAGAUGGAUCACUCGCACACUGCCAGACUGCCUGACGACAAUGAGCCGUAUGAGAAGAUGAAGAAUGAACUGAACCGAGUGAAGGCAGCAGUGGAAAGACUUUGGCUUGAAUUGGAAGGGCAGGAAGUCUCCGCAGAGACUAGAACCCCGGGGCCCGCAGAACACCAACUGACAGCCGUGAUGAGACCAAGGUCACAACAUAUUACAGAUGAUGUAGAGAGGCAAACUGUAGCCCCCCGAGAUCGGAUGACGGCAGCGAUACAUGAAAUGAAUGAGGACCGAGUGAAAACUGAAAUAAUGGCCCAGAGAGAUGACAUAGAAAGAGAUAGGCAGUUUGUGAAGACAGAGAUGGACGAAGUGAAAAAGAUGAAGGAGAACAUUCAAAGGCAGCAGCUGGAGCUUGAUGAAAAGUUGGAAAAGACAAGAAGACAGAUACGAGAGAGGGAAGUCUUGAACACUGAGAUUGACACAAAGAAAAGUAACCUGGAGAAAAGUAUGAGGCGCACCAUGAUGAAACAGCAAGAUGCUGACAAGAGAAGGGAAACUGUACCGCAAGUAGAAGAAGACAUGGAAGAGAAAGAGAGGUCAAAGAAGGACGAUGCAAGUAAAUUUGCUACGGAUACAGAGAAUGCGGGGGCAGGUGAAGGGAUCAGAGUGAACGCAAAAAUCCAAAGGUUGGUUCAUAAAGUGCAAGCGAUCAGAGAUGUGUUAAAGACGGUGACACAGACACCCAAGCAAGGGAGAACCAAUAUGCAACAGGACGAAAGCCAAACCAAGUGGACAAAUUACAGAGCGCAGAAACAAAGACGUGAGCUUGACCAAAGAUUGGAGAAGAUUGCUCAGGAAAGGGAUGCCCUGGAGGUGAUGAAGAUAAAAAUGCAGCUGGAGAAGGAGGAACAGAAGACUAAGGAGUCUGGUUCUAACAUGGGCGUCAUAGAUGAGAUGAAAGGGGACAUGCAGAGUACGAGUGCAGGGAUUGAUCACACCCCCAUGGAGGCUACAAAAAAAAAUAUUCUCCCUGAUCAACCAACUGCACGGGAAAAGGCAACACAAACCUUUCUUGAUGUCAGUCAACGAAGUGAAGAAGAACAAACGUUUGGUAAGUAUUCAACAAUUGAAAAGGAAAGCCUGGGAAUUCAACCAUCAAGGGUGGUUACACAGGAUAAGCAGGAUAUGGAUUCACCUGAACACAGCUCAAAAGCUGGAUUUCAGGAUAAAACGGAACAAAAAAGGACUGUGAGGGAUAGGACGGAAACCGAAAGCUAUGUCUCAAAACUCGGAGAGGAAGAGGAGAUAGUGAAAGGGGCUAUGGACAACUUAAAACAAAACCACAAAGAGAUGGAAAGACUGAUUGAGGAUAUAAGCAACCUUUAUCUGCAAGGGGCUGAUGAUGGGUCAGACAAUAGGGACGUAGGAAAUCACGGUGAUAGAUCAAUCGGGCAGAUCAAACAGACAGUACAGUACAGAGUACGUUUACAGGUUAACAGACAGAGUUAUGAAGAAGAGAAUGUUGAAUAUGAAAUGCCAGGGUCUUUAACAACUGAACACCAAACAAAACCAGCAAAUUUGAUAGAACGUGAAUCAGAGGGGUCACCGGCAUUAGGAAAUGCCAGGAUACAAACCUUGAUUCGGGAGAUUAACAGAAUACAAGAAUCAUUAGAACAAAUAUCAUUGAAAGAAACUGAAGAAAGCUGCAUUGACAUGGCUCCUACGGAGGUCCGCGGGAACGCUGAGGGAUCAGUGCUGCAGCUGUUGCAACAAAUCAGAGAUGUCCUAAACAAAGUUAAAGAUGCGAUGGAUCAAAGUGAAAUGUAUCUGAGCAAAGGGAGGACUGACAUGAAAUGGAUUCAAAUGAUGAUUAGGAAACAGCAGAGAGAACUUGACCAGCGACGAGAGAAAACUCUCAGAGAGAGGGAUGAAUUGGACAUUUUAAAAAUGAAACUACAUCAGAAGAAGGUGCAGGUGGACCAGCAGAUCGAGAACAUAUCCAAAGUAAAACAUAAAAUUGAACGUAUGGUUUCACAUUUUAAGACUAAGUUAGAGGAAUACCAAGUAAAACAGACACAACUCAAGGGUUUGAACUGCAAGAUUGAGGCAGAGAAACAAAGCUUAGAAAGUGUCAUUGAUAUGAUUUGCCAGAAAACCGUUGAGCUUCAGAAAGUCAAUAGAGAAAUCAGUCAGCAAAGGGUAGACAUGGACUCCAAUAUCGAUAGAGAUGAGGCAUAUCUAGCACAGGUUAAACUACACAGACAGGAAAGAGAAGUGGUAAAUGCUAGGCAGCAAUUUCAAGAAAGAGACAUGGAGAAAGAAGAGCAAGAUAUUUUAGAACUUGUAUCCAAAGAAGAAACAAAUGAGAAAACUGAGUUCAGUGCCAAUUUAGACCAAGGACAAAGAGAAAUUAAAGAAAUGGCGGAACUUCAAGGCCAACUCAAACAGAAGAUGGAGACUGAGUCUGCUCUGGACGAACAAAAGGAGGACCUUCAAAUAUUAAGGGCUUGUCUCAGAACUGAAAGACAGGAAAUGGAGAUGUUGAAACAUCAGGUUGAGUCCGAGAGAGAGAGCCUGAUAAAGGAAAGACAAAAGCUGUAUACAGAAAUAAACAAAGCAAGGGAUGGUAUUGCAAAACAAACCCACGAACUUGACGAUAAAAUGCGACACAUCAAGAGAGAGACAAGGGAGAUUGAGCUAGCUAAGGCAGAGUUGGUAACAAAAAGAAAAGAAAAUGAUAGGUCAUCUAAGAGGGAAAUACGAAAAAGAGAGGAAGUUGGAAUGCGUUUGGUUGAAAUUCAAAGAGAAAAGGAAUCCCUCCAAACAAAUACGCAAAAGAGAAGGAGAGAACUGGAUGAUAGGAUGGAGAGGAUCAGAAGAGAAAGGGAUCAGUUAGAGGUUCUAAAGAUAAAACUAGAACGUCUAAAGAAGGAGCUGGCUGAGGAAAAGGAGAAAAAUGAGAACGAAAAGAAAAACAAUGAAAGCUAUGGUAUUUUGGUCCGAAAACACACUGAGAAUCUAAAUGGUAAAGGAGAGACUGGGAGGCUUGACAAGAUACAAUUACAAAGAAGAGACACUGAUCAAUUUAACCAAGUUAUGAGUGAUCUUGGAGAAAUGGAAAUGAGAGGAAACAUGAAAAUGAAUGAUCUGAAAACCCUAAAACUCAAUCUGGAGAAACAACGAGAGGAGAUUGAAACACUAGCAGCUGAGAACAAGACUGAGAAGAUGAACAUAGAGAAACUAAAAUCUGAGUUACAGAUUGAAAAGAUUGAUUUAGAAAAAAUGAUACAACAGGCCCAAACUGAGAUGCAAAUUUUGAGUCACACAAGGGAGGAUAUUCAGAAGAAGAGGAGCGAGCUUGACGACCACUUUGAGAGGACUAAAAGAGAGAUUAGAGAGAUGGAACUGCUUAAGUCUGAGCUGGAAGUGGAGAGAAAACAAAACAAAAAGACAUUACGGAAGGUCAAUAGAAAAGAGCAAGAGGCUAAAAGGAUGUGGUCGUUGUCUGGAGUACAGAAAGAAACGGAUGCCUUUGAGCAAGAAACACUAAAAAGGAGAGUGGUGGAACAGAGGAUUGAGGUGAGCAGCAAAGAGAAGAUAAACGACUCUGAGGUUAUGAAGGUAGAUCUGCAAGGGCAAAUAGGAAACCCCGGAGGGAAGCCAGAACCAAGAUUGCAGGCACCACAAAGUGGAAAUGUAGAUGAAAUGCAAGAGCCUACAGCAGGAGGCAUAGAGGACUUGGCUGAUUACAUUCAAGAGAAAUUGGGAGAACCCCAAAGUCAGGUGAAACCGAACAUCGAACUGCUACCACAAGAUGAACACAAUUGUAAAACUGUGCUGGGAUUAGCCCAAACACAAAUCAUUCAAAUCAAAUCCAAUGAUAUAGAUGAGAAAACAAAGAAAGAGAAAGAAGAAGGGGAAUUUAUGAAGUCCUUUAUACACAGGUUAAUGGUUAUCCUGCCAAGUCACCAAAGAAAAAUGGAAGAGGAAAAAAAGAGACAUGAAAUGACAGUGGUGGAACUGGCGAGCAAGCAGGCUAUUAUAAAUAGAGCCCUCAAUGAAAUACAGGAACACAGGAAAAGACUACAAGAAGAUGCUCUUGACAUUCAAAAGAGAAAGGCUGAAUACAAGAAUGUUGUGAAUGGUAUUAUAAUGAAACAGAAAGAACAAGAACUUAAGGAUAAAGAAAUAGAAAGAGACAAACAAUUAUUAAACGACUGCCGGGAUACCUUACAAAUUGAAAGAGACAAAGUGGAAGAUUUAAAAAUACAUGUCAACGACAUGAAACAAGAGGCCGAAGCUGAUAUGGAAAAUAUCAGAAGAGAGAAGGGAACCCUCAAAAAGACAAAGAGUGACAUUAUAAAACAGCAAAAAACAAUAGCAGAUGACAGAAAUAGGAUGGAAAAAGGACUGUAUGAAUCCAAAAUGGAAGAAAAUAUGCUAAUAAGAACAGCAAGCGUAAUACAAUAUCACAGAGAUAAUCUACAAAUGCUUAAAAAUAAGACACAAGUAGACCACCAAACAAAGAUGGACAUCUUGCGGGAUUCAAAUGCAGACAUAAAAAAACUUAAAUUGAUUACACAACUGAAGAAACAGGAGUUUGAUAACCAUAGAGUGAAAAUGGAGAGUUAUUUUCAAUCAAUCCAAAGACCCAGAGAGGAACAAAUAACAUUAGGACAAGACAUUUCAAUACAAACAGAGGAAAUUGAAUAUAGAUUGAGGACAGACCUUCUCAUAGAAAAGCAAAGAGCUUUGAGCGACAUGAACGGUGACAGAAAAAAGAUGGAAAAUGUACUUCUUGAAGUCCAAAAGAACAUCCAAGAACUUCUUAAAGUGAUACAACAGUUGGCCGAAAAACAGAAACAACAAGUGCUUCUAGACAGUGACUUGAAACGAUUGACGGAUGAUAUCCAAAUUGGACAGGAAAAUCUAAUGAAACAACAGGAGGAAGUUCAACGUUUUAAGAUUGCUUUCAUGAAUAAGAAGGAGGAGCUUAAAGUGAUCAUGGAAAGAAUCUUUGAAGAGACAGCACAGCUUGAACAAGAGAAGCUUGAUAUUCAUGAAGAGCGAAGAAAGGCCUUGGACGAAAGGACGAUGCUAGAAAGAGAUUUGUCGGAAGUAAGGAUGAGAGAAGAAGAGGCCAUGCAAACGAUAAGACACAACACAAACAUGAAAGCGGCACUAAAAGAGUUGGUUGAAAAGACACAUCAAGACAUUACAAUGAAGAUGCAAUUCAUAGAGCAGAAGAUUCUGGAUGCACAAAAUCAGACAACUAACUUGGAAAUUCAGCAAAAAGAAAUCGAAGAGCAGAAAUUGGAGAUUGACACACACUUUGAACAAAUACAAAGACACAGAGAAGAUCUGAUCAAUAUGAAAUCGGACAUGAUGGUACAAAAACAAGAAAUGCAAAAGAAUUGGAACGAGGAGCUGCUACUGGAGAAACAAGAUCUCAAUACUGAAAAGGAAGCAGUAGACAGUCAAAGCAAAUAUCUGGACACAGUUAAAGAAACAAUCAACAAAGACAACCUUGACUUGGAUAUCAUGAGGUCUGAAAUCCAGAAAGAAACAGAGGCACUGGAAAGAGAGAAAGAAAAGAUCCGGGAACAAACUGAGAUCCUAGAUAGAGAUCAAUCUUUUGUGAAAGUAGAAAAAGAUAGACUUGAAAUUGCAAAGGCGGAAUUCCAAGAAAAGCAAGACAAAGUUCAUGGUCUACAGAGCGAUUUGAACAGUGACAGAGAAAAGAUGGACCAUUUACUUCUUGAAGGCCAAAAGAAAAUCCAAGAACUUCAUAAAGAGAUACAACACAUGGCCCAAAAACAGAAACAACAAGAGCUUCUAGACAGUGACCUGAAACGAUCGACUGAUGAUCUCCAAAGUGGGCAGGAAAAUCUAAUAAAACAACAGGAGGAAGUUCAACGUUUUAAGAGUGAUGUCAUGAGUAAGAAGGAGGAGCUUAAAGUGAUCGUGGAAAGAAUCUUUGAAGGGACAGCACAGCUUGAACAAGAGAAGCUUGAUAUUUAUGAAGAGCGAAGAAAGGCCUUGGACGAAAGGACGAUGCUAGAAAGAGAUUUGUCGGAAGUAAAGAUGAGAGAAGAAGAGGCCAUGCAAACGAUAAGACACAACACAAAUAUGAAAGAGGCAAUAAAAGAUUUGGUGGAAAAGACACAUCAAGCCAUUACAAUGAAGAUGCAAUUCAUAGAGCAGAAUAUUCUGGAUGCACAAAAUCAGACAACUAACUUGGAAAUUCAGCAAAAAGAAAUGGAAGAGCAGAAAUUGGAGAUUGACACACAUUUUGAACAAAUACAAAGACACAGAGAAGAUCUGAUCAAUAUGAAAUCGGACAUGAUGAUACAAAAAGAAGAAAUGCAAAAGAAUUGGAACGAGGAGCUGCUACUGGAGAAACAAGAUCUCAACACGGAAAAGGAAGCAGUAGACAGGCAAAGCAAAUAUCUGGACACAGUUAAAGAAACAAUCAACAAAGACAACCUUGAUUUGGAUAUCAUGAGGUCUGAAAUCCAGAAAGAAACAGAGGCACUGGAAAGAGAGAAAGAAAAGAUCCGGGAACAAACUGAGAUACUAGAAAGAGAUCAAUCUUUUGUGAAAGUAGAAAAAGAAAGACUUGAAAUGGCAAAGGCGGAACUCCAAGAAAAGCAAGACAAAGUUCAUGGUCUACAGAGCGAUUUGAACAGUGACAGAGAAAAGAUGGACCAUUUACUUCUUGAAGGCCAAAAGAAAAUCCAAGAACUUCAUAAAGAGAUACAACACAUGGCCCAAAAACAGAAACAACAAGAGCUUCUAGACAGUGACCUGAAACGAUUGACUGAUGAUCUCCAAAUUGGGCAGGAAAAUCUAAUUAAACAACAGGAGGAAGUUCAACGUUUUAAGAGUGAUGUCAUGAAUAAGAAGGAGGAGCUUAAAGUGAUCAUGGAAAGAAUCUUUGAAGAGACAGCACAGCUUGAACAAGAGAAGCUUGAUAUUCAUGAAGAGCGAAGAAAGGCCUUGGACGAAAGGACGAUGCUAGAAAGAGAUUUGUCGGAAGUAAGGAUUAGAGAAGAAGAGGCCAUGCAAACGAUAAGACACAACACAAAUAUGAAAGAGGCAAUAAAAGAGUUGAUUGAAAAGACACAUCAAGACAUUACAAUGAAGAUGCAAUUCAUAGAGCAGAAGAUUCUGGAUGCACAAAAUCAGACAACUAACUUGGAAAUUCAGCAAAAAGAAAUGGAAGAGCAGAAAUUGGAGAUUGACACACAUUUUGAACAAAUACAAAGACACAGAGAAGAUCUGAUCAAUAUGAAAUCGGACAUGAUGGUACAAAAAAAAGAAAUGCAAAAGAAUUGGAACGAGGAGCUGCUACUGGAGAUACAAGAUCUCAACACGGAAAAGGAAGCAGUAGACAGGCAAAGCAAAUAUCUGGACACAGUUAAAGAAACAAUCAACAAAGACAACCUUGACUUGGAUAUCAUGAGGUCUGAAAUCCAGAAAGAAACAGAGGCACUGGAAAGAGAGAAAGAAAAGAUCCAGGAACAAACUGAGAUACUAGAAAAAGAUCAAUAUUUUGUGAAAGUAGAAAAAGAAAGACUUGAAAUGGCAAAGGCGGAACUCCAAGAAAAGCAAGACAAAGUUCAUGGUCUACAGAGCGAUUUGAACAGUGACAGAGAAAAGAUGGACCAUUUACUUCUUGAAGGCCAAAAGAAAAUCCAAGAACUUCAUAAAGAGAUACAACACAUGGCCCUAAAACAGAAACAACAAGAGCUUCUAGACAGUGACCUGAAACGAUUGACUGAUGAUCUCCAAAUUGGGCAGGAAAAUCUAAUAAAACAACAGGAGGAAGUUCAACGUUUUAAGAGUGAUGUCAUGAAUAAGAAGGAGGAGCUUAAAGUGAUCGUGGAAAGAAUAUUUGAAGGGACAGCACAGCUUGAACAAGAGAAGCUUGAUAUUAAUGAAGAGCGAAGAAAGGCCUUGGACGAAAGGACGAUGCUAGAAAGAGAUUUGUCGGAAGUAAGGAUGAGAGAAGAAGAGGCCAUGCAAACGAUAAGACACAACACAAAUAUGAAAGAGGCAAUAAAAGAUUUGGUGGAAAAGACACAUCAAGCCAUUACAAUGAAGAUGCAAUUCAUAGAGCAGAAUAUUCUGGAUGCACAAAAUCAGACAACUAACUUGGAAAUUCAGCAAAAAGAAAUGGAAGAGCAGAAAUUGGAGAUUGACACACAUUUUGAACAAAUACAAAGACACAGAGAAGAUCUGAUCAAUAUGAAAUCGGACAUGAUGAUACAAAAAAAAGAAAUGCAAAAGAAUUGGAACGAGGAGCUGCUACUGGAGAAACAAAAUCUCAAUACGGAAAAGGAAGCAGUAGACAGGCAAAGCAAAUAUCUGGACACAGUUAAAGAAACAAUCAACAAAGACAACCUUGAUUUGGAUAUCAUGAGGUCGGAAAUCCAGAAAGAAACAGAGGCACUGGAAAGAGAGAAAGAAAAGAUCCAGGAACAAACUGAGAUACUAGAAAAAGAUCAAUCUUUUGUGAAAGUAGAAAAAGAAAGACUUGAAAUGUCAAAGGCGGAACUCCAAGAAAAGCAAGACAAAGUUCAUGGUCUACAGAGCGAUUUGAACAGUGACAGAGAAAAGAUGGACCAUUUACUUCUUGAAGGCCAAAAGAAAAUCCAAGAACUUCAUAAAGAGAUACAACACAUGGCCCAAAAACAGAAACAACAAGAGCUUCUAGACAGUGACCUGAAACGAUUGACUGAUGAUCUCCAAAUUGGGCAGGAAAAUCUAAUAAAACAACAGGAGGAAGUUCAACGUUUUAAGAGUGAUGUCCUGAAUAAGAAGGAGGAGCUUAAAGUGAUCAUGGAAAGAAUCUUUGAAGAGACAGCACAGCUUGAACAAGAGAAGCUUGAUAUUCAUGAAGAGCGAAGAAAGGCCUUGGACGAAAGGACGAUGCUAGAAAGAGAUUGGUCGGAAGUAAGGAUGAGAGAAGAAGAGGCCAUGCAAACGAUAAGACACAACACAAAUAUGAAAGAGGCAAUAAAAGAUUUGGUGGAAAAGACACAUCAAGCCAUUACAAUGAAGAUGCAAUUCAUAGAGCAGAAUAUUCUGGAUGCACAAAAUCAGACAACUAACUUGGAAAUUCAGCAAAAAGAAAUGGAAGAGCAGAAAUUGGAGAUUGACACACAUUUUGAACAAAUACAAAGACACAGAGAAGAUCUGAUCAAUAUGAAAUCGGACAUGAUGAUACAAAAAGAAGAAAUGCAAAAGAAUUGGAACGAGGAGCUGCUACUGGAGAAACAAGAUCUCAAUACGGAAAAGGAAGCAGUAGACAGGCAAAGCAAAUAUCUGGACACAGUUAAAGAAACAAUCAACAAAGACAACCUUGAUUUGGAUAUCAUGAGGUCGGAAAUCCAGAAAGAAACAGAGGCACUGGAAAGAGAGAAAGAAAAGAUCCAGGAACAAACUGAGAUACUAGAAAAAGAUCAAUCUUUUGUGAAAGUAGAAAAAGAAAGACUUGAAAUGUCAAAGGCGGAACUCCAAGAAAAGCAAGACAAAGUUCAUGGUCUACAGAGCGAUUUGAACAGUGACAGAGAAAAGAUGGACCAUUUACUUCUUGAAGGCCAAAAGAAAAUCCAAGAACUUCAUAAAGAGAUACAACACAUGGCCCAAAAACAGAAACAACAAGAGCUUCUAGACAGUGACCUGAAACGAUUGACUGAUGAUCUCCAAAUUGGGCAGGAAAAUCUAAUAAAACAACAGGAGGAAGUUCAACGUUUUAAGAGUGAUGUCCUGAAUAAGAAGGAGGAGCUUAAAGUGAUCAUGGAAAGAAUCUUUGAAGAGACAGCACAGCUUGAACAAGAGAAGCUUGAUAUUCAUGAAGAGCGAAGAAAGGCCUUGGACGAAAGGACGAUGCUAGAAAGAGAUUGGUCGGAAGUAAGGAUGAGAGAAGAAGAGGCCAUGCAAACGAUAAGACACAACACAAAUAUGAAAGAGGCAAUAAAAGAGUUGGUUGAAAAGACACAUCAAGACAUUACAAUGAAGAUGCAAUUCAUAGAGCAGAAGAUUCUGGAUGCACAAAAUCAGACAACUAACUUGGAAAUUCAGCAAAAAGAAAUGGAAGAGCAGAAAUUGGAGAUUGAAACAAACUUUGAACAAAUACAAAGACACAGAGAAGAUCUGAUCAAUAUGAGAUCCGACAUGAUGGUACAAAAAAAAGAAAUGCAAAAGAAUUGGAACGAGGAGCUGCUACUGGAGAAACAAGAUCUCAAUACGGAAAAGGAAGCAGUAGACAGGCAAAGCAAAUAUCUGGACACAGUUAAAGAAACAAUCAACAAAGACAACCUUGAUUUGGAUAUCAUGAGGUCUGAAAUCCAGAAAGAAACAGAGGCACUGGAAAGAGAGAAAGAAAAGAUCCGGGAACAAACUGAGAUACUAGAAAGAGAUCAAUCUUUUGUGAUAGUAGAAAAAGAAAGACUUGAAAUGGCAAAGGCGGAACUCCAAGAAAAGCAAGACAAAGUUCACGGUCUACAGAGCGAUUUGAACAGUGACAGAGAAAAGAUGGACCAUUUACUUCUUGAAGGCCAAAAGAAAAUCCAAGAACUUCAUAAAGAGACACAACACAUGGCCCAAAAACAGAAACAACAAGAGCUUCUAGACAUUGACCUGAAACAAUUGACUGAUGAUCUCCAAAUUGGGCAGGAAAAUCUAAUUAAACAACAGGAGGAAGUUCAACGUUUUAAGAGUGAUGUCAUGAAUAAGAAGGAGGAGCUUAAAGUGAUCAUGGAAAGAAUCUUUGAAGAGACAGCACAGCUUGAACAAGAGAAGCUUGAUAUUCAUGAAGAGCGAAGAAAGGCCUUAGACGAAAGGACGAUGCUAGAAAGAGAUUUGUCGGAAGUAAGGAUGAGAGAAGAAGAAGCCAUGCAAACGAUAAGACACAACACAAAUAUGAAAGAGGCAAUAAAAGAGUUGGUUGAAAAGACACAUCAAGACAUUACAAUGAAGAUGCAAUUCAUAGAGCAGAAGAUUCUCGAUGCACAAAAUCAGACAACUAACUUGGAAGUUCAUCAAAAAGAAAUGGAAGAGCAGAAAUUGGAGAUUGACACACACUUUGAACAAAUACAAAGACACAGGGAAGAUCUGAUCAAUUUGAAAUCGGACAUGAUGGUACAAAAACAAGAAAUGCAAAAGAAUUGGAACGAGGAGCUGCUACUGGAGAAACAAGAUCUCAGUACGGAAAAGGAAGCAGUAGACAGGCAAAGCAAAUAUCUGGACACAGUUAAAGAAACAAUCAACAAAGACAACCUUGACUUGGAUAUCAUGAGGUCUGAAAUCCAGAAAGAAACAGAGGCACUGGAAAGAGAGAAAGAAAAGAUCCGGGAACAAACUGAGAUACUAGAAAGAGAUCAAUCUUUUGUGAUAGUAGAAAAAGAAAGACUUGAAAUGGCAAAGGCGGAACUCCAAGAAAAGCAAGACAAAGUUCACGGUCUACAGAGCGAUUUGAACAGUGACAGAGAAAAGAUGGACCAUUUACUUCUUGAAGGCCAAAAGAAAAUCCAAGAACUUCAUAAAGAGAUACAACACAUGAACCAAAAACAGAAACAACAAGAGCUUCUAGACAGUGACCUGAAACGAUUGACUGAUGAUCUCCAAAUUGGGCAGGAAAAUCUAAUUAAACAACAGGAGGAAGUUCAACGUUUUAAGAGUGAUGUCAUGAAUAAGAAGGAGGAGCUUAAAGUGAUCAUGGAAAGAAUCUUUGAAGAGACAGCACAGCUUGAACAAGAGAAGCUUGAUAUUCAUGAAGAGCGAAGAAAGGCCUUGGACGAAAGGACGAUGCUAGAAAGAGAUUGGUCGGAAGUAAGGAUGAGAGAAGAAGAGGCCAUGCAAACGAUAAGACACAACAAAAAUAUGAAAGAGGCAAUAAAAGAGUUGGUUGAAAAGACACAUCAAGACAUUACAAUGAAGAUGCAAUUCAUAGAGCAGAAUAUUCUGGAUGCACAAAAUCAGACAACUAACUUGGAAAUUCAGCAAAAAGAAAUGGAAGAGCAGAAAUUGGAGAUUGACACACAUUUUGAACAAAUACAAAGACACAGAGAAGAUCUGAUCAAUAUGAAAUCGGACAUGAUGAUACAAAAAGAAGAAAUGCAAAAGAAUUGGAACGAGGAGCUGCUACUGGAGAAACAAGAUCUCAACACGGAAAAGGAAGCAGUAGACAGGCAAAGCAAAUAUCUGGACACAGUUAAAGAAACAAUCAACAAAGACAACCUUGAUUUGGAUAUCAUGAGGUCUGAAAUCCAGAAAGAAACAGAGGCACUGGAAAGAGAGAAAGAAAAGAUCCGGGAACAAACUGAGAUACUAGAAAGAGAUCAAUCUUUUGUGAAAGUAGAAAAAGAAAGACUUGAAAUGGCAAAGGCGGAACUCCAAGAAAAGCAAGACAAAGUUCAUGGUCUAAAGAGCGAUUUGAACAGUGACAGAGAAAAGAUGGACCAUUUACUUCUUGAAGGCCAAAAGAAAAUCCAAGAACUUCAUAAAGAGAUACAACACAUGGCCCAAAAACAGAAACAACAAGAGCUUCUAGACAGUGACCUGAAACGAUUGACUGAUGAUCUCCAAAUUGGGCAGGAAAAUCUAAUAAAACAACAGGAGGAAGUUCAACGUUUUAAGAGUGAUGUCCUGAAUAAGAAGGAGGAGCUUAAAGUGAUCAUGGAAAGAAUCUUUGAAGAGACAGCACAGCUUGAACAAGAGAAGCUUGAUAUUCAUGAAGAGCGAAGAAAGGCCUUGGACGAAAGGACGAUGCUAGAAAGAGAUUGGUCGGAAGUAAGGAUGAGAGAAGAAGAGGCCAUGCAAACGAUAAGACACAACACAAAUAUGAAAGAGGCAAUAAAAGAGUUGGUUGAAAAGACACAUCAAGACAUUACAAUGAAGAUGCAAUUCAUAGAGCAGAAGAUUCUGGAUGCACAAAAUCAGACAACUAACUUGGAAAUUCAGCAAAAAGAAAUGGAAGAGCAGAAAUUGGAGAUUGAAACAAACUUUGAACAAAUACAAAGACACAGAGAAGAUCUGAUCAAUAUGAGAUCCGACAUGAUGGUACAAAAAAAAGAAAUGCAAAAGAAUUGGAACGAGGAGCUGCUACUGGAGAAACAAGAUCUCAAUACGGAAAAGGAAGCAGUACACAGGCAAAGCAAAUAUCUGGACACAGUUAAAGAAACAAUCAACAAAGACAACCUUGAUUUGGAUAUCAUGAGGUCUGAAAUCCAGAAAGAAACAGAGGCACUGGAAAGAGAGAAAGAAAAGAUCCGGGAACAAACUGAGAUACUAGAAAGAGAUCAAUCUUUUGUGAUAGUAGAAAAAGAAAGACUUGAAAUGGCAAAGGCGGAACUCCAAGAAAAGCAAGACAAAGUUCACGGUCUACAGAGCGAUUUGAACAGUGACAGAGAAAAGAUGGACCAUUUACUUCUUGAAGGCCAAAAGAAAAUCCAAGAACUUCAUAAAGAGAUACAACACAUGAACCAAAAACAGAAACAACAAGAGCUUCUAGACAGUGACCUGAAACGAUUGACUGAUGAUCUCCAAAUUGGGCAGGAAAAUCUAAUAAAACAACAGGAGGAAGUUCAACGUUUUAAGAGUGAUGUCAUGAAUAAGAAGGAGGAGCUUAAAGUGAUCAUGGAAAGAAUCUUUGAAGAGACAGCACAGCUUGAACAAGAGAAGCUUGAUAUUCAUGAAGAGCGAAGAAAGGCCUUGGACGAAAGGACGAUGCUAGAAAGAGAUUGGUCGGAAGUAAGGAUGAGAGAAGAAGAGGCCAUGCAAACGAUAAGACACAACACAAAUAUGAAAGAGGCAAUAAAAGAGUUGGUUGAAAAGACACAUCAAGACAUUACAAUGAAGAUGCAAUUCAUAGAGCAGAAGAUUCUGGAUGCACAAAAUCAGACAACUAACUUGGAAAUUCAGCAAAAAGAAAUGGAAGAGCAGAAAUUGGAGAUUGAAACAAACUUUGAACAAAUACAAAGACACAGAGAAGAUCUGAUCAAUAUGAGAUCCGACAUGAUGGUACAAAAAAAAGAAAUGCAAAAGAAUUGGAACGAGGAGCUGCUACUGGAGAAACAAGAUCUCAAUACGGAAAAGGAAGCAGUACACAGGCAAAGCAAAUAUCUGGACACAGUUAAAGAAACAAUCAACAAAGACAACCUUGAUUUGGAUAUCAUGAGGUCUGAAAUCCAGAAAGAAACAGAGGCACUGGAAAGAGAGAAAGAAAAGAUCCGGGAACAAACUGAGAUACUAGAAAGAGAUCAAUCUUUUGUGAUAGUAGAAAAAGAAAGACUUGAAAUGGCAAAGGCGGAACUCCAAGAAAAGCAAGACAAAGUUCACGGUCUACAGAGCGAUUUGAACAGUGACAGAGAAAAGAUGGACCAUUUACUUCUUGAAGGCCAAAAGAAAAUCCAAGAACUUCAUAAAGAGAUACAACACAUGAACCAAAAACAGAAACAACAAGAGCUUCUAGACAGUGACCUGAAACGAUUGACUGAUGAUCUCCAAAUUGGGCAGGAAAAUCUAAUAAAACAACAGGAGGAAGUUCAACGUUUUAAGAGUGAUGUCAUGAAUAAGAAGGAGGAGCUUAAAGUGAUCAUGGAAAGAAUCUUUGAAGAGACAGCACAGCUUGAACAAGAGAAGCUUGAUAUUCAUGAAGAGCGAAGAAAGGCCUUGGACGAAAGGACGAUGCUAGAAAGAGAUUGGUCGGAAGUAAGGAUGAGAGAAGAAGAGGCCAUGCAAACGAUAAGACACAACAAAAAUAUGAAAGAGGCAAUAAAAGAGUUGGUUGAAAAGACACAUCAAGACAUUACAAUGAAGAUGCAAUUCAUAGAGCAGAAUAUUCUGGAUGCACAAAAUCAGACAACUAACUUGGAAAUUCAGCAAAAAGAAAUGGAAGAGCAGAAAUUGGAGAUUGACACACAUUUUGAACAAAUACAAAGACACAGAGAAGAUCUGAUCUAUAUGAAAUCGGACAUGAUGAUACAAAAAGAAGAAAUGCAAAAGAAUUGGAACGAGGAGCUGCUAUUGGAGAAACAAGAUCUCAACACGGAAAAGGAAGCAGUAGACAGGCAAAGCAAAUAUCUGGACACAGUUAAAGAAACAAUCAACAAAGACAACCUUGAUUUGGAUAUCAUGAGGUCUGAAAUCCAGAAAGAAACAGAGGCACUGGAAAGAGAGAAAGAAAAGAUCCGGGAACAAACUGAGAUACUAGAAAGAGAUCAAUCUUUUGUGAAAGUAGAAAAAGAAAGACUUGAAAUGGCAAAGGCGGAACUCCAAGAAAAGCAAGACAAAGUUCACGGUCUACAGAGCGAUUUGAACAGUGACAGAGAAAAGAUGGACCAUUUACUUCUUGAAGGCCAAAAGAAAAUCCAAGAACUUCAUAAAGAGAUACAACACAUGGCCCAAAAACAGAAACAACAAGAGCUUCUAGACAGUGACCUGAAACGAUUGACUGAUGAUCUCCAAAUUGGGCAGGAAAAUCUAAUAAAACAACAGGAGGAAGUUCAACGUUUUAAGAGUGAUGUCAUGAAUAAGAAGGAGGAGCUUAAAGUGAUCAUGGAAAGAAUCUUUGAAGAGACAGCACAGCUUGAACAAGAGAAGCUUGAUAUUCAUGAAGAGCGAAGAAAGGCCUUGGACGAAAGGACGAUGCUAGAAAGAGAUUGGUCGGAAGUAAGGAUGAGAGAAGAAGAGGCCAUGCAAACGAUAAGACACAACACAAAUAUGAAAGAGGCAAUAAAAGAGUUGGUUGAAAAGACACAUCAAGACAUUACAAUGAAGAUGCAAUUCAUAGAGCAGAAGAUUCUGGAUGCACAAAAUCAGACAACUAACUUGGAAAUUCAGCAAAAAGAAAUGGAAGAGCAGAAAUUGGAGAUUGAAACAAACUUUGAACAAAUACAAAGACACAGAGAAGAUCUGAUCAAUAUGAGAUCCGACAUGAUGGUACAAAAAAAAGAAAUGCAAAAGAAUUGGAACGAGGAGCUGCUACUGGAGAAACAAGAUCUCAAUACGGAAAAGGAAGCAGUAGACAGGCAAAGCAAAUAUCUGGACACAGUUAAAGAAACAAUCAACAAAGACAACCUUGAUUUGGAUAUCAUGAGGUCUGAAAUCCAGAAAGAAACAGAGGCACUGGAAAGAGAGGAAGAAAAGAUCCGGGAACAAACUGAGAUACUAGAAAGAGAUCAAUCUUUUGUGAUAGUAGAAAAAGAAAGACUUGAAAUGGCAAAGGCGGAACUCCAAGAAAAGCAAGACAAAGUUCACGGUCUACAGAGCGAUUUGAACAGUGACAGAGAAAAGAUGGACCAUUUACUUCUUGAAGGCCAAAAGAAAAUCCAAGAACUUCAUAAAGAGAUACAACACAUGGCCCAAAAACAGAAACAACAAGAGCUUCUAGACAGUGACCUGAAACAAUUGACUGAUGAUCUCCAAAUUGGGCAGGAAAAUCUAAUUAAACAACAGGAGGAAGUUCAACGUUUUAAGAGUGAUGUCAUGAAUAAGAAGGAGGAGCUUAAAGUGAUCAUGGAAAGAAUCUUUGAAGAGACAGCACAGCUUGAACAAGAGAAGCUUGAUAUUCAUGAAGAGCGAAGAAAGGCCUUGGACGAAAGGACGAUGCUAGAAAGAGAUUUGUCGGAAGUAAGGAUGAGAGAAGAAGAGGCCAUGCAAACGAUAAGACACAACACAAAUAUGAAAGAGGCAAUAAAAGAGUUGGUUGAAAAGACACAUCAAGACAUUACAAUGAAGAUGCAAUUCAUAGAGCAGAAGAUUCUCGAUGCACAAAAUCAGACAACUAACUUGGAAGUUCAGCAAAAAGAAAUGGAAGAGCAGAAAUUGGAGAUUGACACACACUUUGAACAAAUACAAAGACACAGGGAAGAUCUGAUCAAUUUGAAAUCGGACAUGAUGGUACAAAAACAAGAAAUGCAAAAGAAUUGGAACGAGGAGCUGCUACUGGAGAAACAAGAUCUCAAUACGGAAAAGGAAGCAGUAGACAGGCAAAGCAAAUAUCUGGACACAGUUAAAGAAACAAUCAACAAAGACAACCUUGACUUGGAUAUCAUGAGGUCUGAAAUCCAGAAAGAAACAGAGGCACUGGAAAGAGAGAAAGAAAAGAUCCGGGAACAAACUGAGAUACUAGAAAGAGAUCAAUCUUUUGUGAUAGUAGAAAAAGAAAGACUUGAAAUGGCAAAGGCGGAACUCCAAGAAAAGCAAGACAAAGUUCACGGUCUACAGAGCGAUUUGAACAGUGACAGAGAAAAGAUGGACCAUUUACUUCUUGAAGGCCAAAAGAAAAUCCAAGAACUUCAUAAAGAGAUCCAACACAUGAACCAAAAACAGAAACAACAAGAGCUUCUAGACAGUGAACUGAAACGAUUGACUGAUGAUCUCCAAAUUGGGCAGGAAAAUCUAAUAAAACAACAGGAGGAAGUUCAACGUUUUAAGAGUGAUGUCAUGAAUAAGAAGGAGGAGCUUAAAGUGAUCAUGGAAAGAAUCUUUGAAGAGACAGCACAGCUUGAACAAGAGAAGCUUGAUAUUCAUGAAGAGCGAAGAAAGGCCUUGGACGAAAGGACGAUGCUAGAAAGAGAUUGGUCGGAAGUAAGGAUGAGAGAAGAAGAGGCCAUGCAAACGAUAAGACACAACACAAAUAUGAAAGAGGCAAUAAAAGAGUUGGUUGAAAAGACACAUCAAGACAUUACAAUGAAGAUGCAAUUCAUAGAGCAGAAUAUUCUGGAUGCACAAAAUCAGACAACUAACUUGGAAAUUCAGCAAAAAGAAAUGGAAGAGCAGAAAUUGGAGAUUGACACACAUUUUGAACAAAUACAAAGACACAGAGAAGAUCUGAUCUAUAUGAAAUCGGACAUGAUGAUACAAAAAGAAGAAAUGCAAAAGAAUUGGAACGAGGAGCUGCUACUGGAGAAACAAGAUCUCAACACGGAAAAGGAAGCAGUAGACAGGCAAAGCAAAUAUCUGGACACAGUUAAAGAAACAAUCAACAAAGACAACCUUGAUUUGGAUAUCAUGAGGUCUGAAAUCCAGAAUGAAACAGAGGCACUGGAAAGAGAGAAAGAAAAGAUCCGGGAACAAACUGAGAUACUAGAAAGAGAUCAAUCUUUUGUGAAAGUAGAAAAAGAAAGACUUGAAAUGUCAAAGGCGGAACUCCAAGAAAAGCAAGACAAAGUUCAUGGUCUACAGAGCGAUUUGAACAGUGACAGAGAAAAGAUGGACCAUUUACUUCUUGAAGGCCAAAAGAAAAUCCAAGAACUUCAUAAAGAGAUACAACACAUGGCCCAAAAACAGAAACAACAAGAGCUUCUAGACAGUGACCUGAAACGAUUGACUGAUGAUCUCCAAAUUGGGCAGGGAAAUCUAAUAAAACAACAGGAGGAAGUUCAACGUUUUAAGAGUGAUGUCAUGAAUAAGAAGGAGGAGCUUAAAGUGAUCAUGGAAAGAAUCUUUGAAGAGACAGCACAGCUUGAACAAGAGAAGCUUGAUAUUCAUGAAGAGCGAAGAAAGGCCUUGGACGAAAGGACGAUGCUAGAAAGAGAUUUGUCUGAAGUAAGGAUGAGAGAAGAAGAGGCCAUGCAAACGAUAAGACACAACACAAAUAUGAAAGAGGCAAUAAAAGAGUUGGUUGAAAAGACACAUCAAGACAUUACAAUGAAGAUGCAAUUCAUAGAGCAGAAGAUUCUCGAUGCACAAAAUCAGACAACUAACUUGGAAGUUCAGCAAAAAGAAAUGGAAGAGCAGAAAUUGGAGAUUGACACACACUUUGAACAAAUACAAAGACACAGGGAAGAUCUGAUUAAUCUGAAAUCGGACAUGAUGGUACAAAAACAAGAAAUGCAAAAGAAUUGGAACGAGGAGCUGCUACUGGAGAAACAAGAUCUCAAUACGGAAAAGGAAGCAGUAGACAGGCAAAGCAAAUAUCUGGACACAGUUAAAGAAACAAUCAACAAAGACAACCUUGACUUGGAUAUCAUGAGGUCUGAAAUCCAGAAAGAAACAGAGGCACUGGAAAGAGAGAAAGAAAAGAUCCGGGAACAAACUGAGAUACUAGAAAGAGAUCAAUCUUUUGUGAUAGUAGAAAAAGAAAGACUUGAAAUGGCAAAGGCGGAACUCCAAGAAAAGCAAGACAAAGUUCACGGUCUACAGAGCGAUUUGAACAGUGACAGAGAAAAGAUGGACCAUUUACUUCUUGAAGGCCAAAAGAAAAUCCAAGAACUUCAUAAAGAGAUACAACACAUGGCCCAAAAACAGAAACAACAAGAGCUUCUAGACAGUGACCUGAAACGAUUGACUGAUGAUCUCCAAAUUGGGCAGGAAAAUCUAAUAAAACAACAGGAGGAAGUUCAACGUUUUAAGAGUGAUGUCCUGAAUAAGAAGGAGGAGCUUAAAGUGAUCAUGGAAAGAAUCUUUGAAGAGACAGCACAGCUUGAACAAGAGAAGCUUGAUAUUCAUGAAGAGCGAAGAAAGGCCUUGGACGAAAGGACGAUGCUAGAAAGAGAUUGGUCGGAAGUAAGGAUGAGAGAAGAAGAGGCCAUGCAAACGAUAAGACACAACACAAAUAUGAAAGAGGCAAUAAAAGAGUUGGUUGAAAAGACACAUCAAGACAUUACAAUGAAGAUGCAAUUCAUAGAGCAGAAGAUUCUGGAUGCACAAAAUCAGACAACUAACUUGGAAAUUCAGCAAAAAGAAAUGGAAGAGCAGAAAUUGGAGAUUGAAACAAACUUUGAACAAAUACAAAGACACAGAGAAGAUCUGAUCAAUAUGAGAUCCGACAUGAUGGUACAAAAACAAGAAAUGCAAAAGAAUUGGAACGAGAAGCUGCUACUGGAGAAACAAGAUCUCAAUACGGAAAAGGAAGCAGUAGACAGGCAAAGCAAAUAUCUGGACACAGUUAAAGAAACAAUCAACAAAGACAACCUUGAUUUGGAUAUCAUGAGGUCUGAAAUCCAGAAAGAAACAGAGGCACUGGAAAGAGAGAAAGAAAAGAUCCGGGAACAAACUGAGAUACUAGAAAGAGAUCAAUCUUUUGUGAUAGUAGAAAAAGAAAGACUUGAAAUGGCAAAGGCGGAACUCCAACAAAAGCAAGACAAAGUUCACGGUCUACAGAGCGAUUUGAACAGUGACAGAGAAAAGAUGGACCAUUUACUUCUUGAAGGCCAAAAGAAAAUCCAAGAACUUCAUAAAGAGAUACAACACAUGGCCCAAAAACAGAAACAACAAGUGCUUCUAGACAGUGACCUGAAACGAUUGACUGAUGAUCUCCAAAUUGGGCAGGAAAAUCUAAUUAAACAACAGGAGGAAGUUCAACGUUUUAAGAGUGAUGUCAUGAAUAAGAAGGAGGAGCUUAAAGUGAUCAUGGAAAGAAUCUUUGAAGAGACAGCACAGCUUGAACAAGAGAAGCUUGAUAUUCAUGAAGAGCGAAGAAAGGCCUUGGACGAAAGGACGAUGCUAGAAAGAGAUUUGUCGGAAGUAAGGAUGAGAGAAGAAGAGGCCAUGCAAACGAUAAGACACAACACAAAUAUGAAAGAGGCAAUAAAAGAUUUGGUGGAAAAGACACAUCAAGCCAUUACAAUGAAGAUGCAAUUCAUAGAGCAGAAUAUUCUGGAUGCACAAAAUCAGACAACUAACUUGGAAAUUCAGCAAAAAGAAAUGGAAGAGCAGAAAUUGGAGAUUGACACACAUUUUGAACAAAUACAAAGACACAGAGAAGAUCUGAUCAAUAUGAAAUCGGACAUGAUGAUGCAAAAAGGAGAAAUGCAAAAGAAUUGGAACGAGGAGCUGCUACUGGAGAAACAAGAUCUCAAUACGGAAAAGGAAGCAGUAGACAGGCAAAGCAAAUAUCUGGACACAGUUAAAGAAACAAUCAACAAAGACAACCUUGAUUUGGAUAUCAUGAGGUCGGAAAUCCAGAAAGAAACAGAGGCGCUGGAAAGAGAGAAAGAAAAGAUCCAGGAACAAAUUGAGAUACUAGAAAAAGAUCAAUCUUUUGUGAAAGUAGAGAAAGAAAGACUUGAAAUGUCAAAGGCGGAACUCCAAGAAAAGCAAGACAAAGUUCAUGGUCUACAGAGCGAUAUGAACAGUGACAGAGAAAAGAUGGACCAUUUACUUCUUGAAGGCCAAAAGAAAAUCCAAGAACUUCAUAAAGAGAUACAACACAUGGCCCAAAAACAGAAACAACAAGAGCUUCUAGACAGUGACCUGAAACGAUUGACUGAUGAUCUCCAAAUUGGGCAGGAAAAUCUAAUAAAACAACAGGAGGAAGUUCAACGUUUUAAGAGUGAUGUCCUGAAUAAGAAGGAUGAGCUUAAAGUGAUCAUGGAAAUAAUCUUUGAAGAGACAGCACAGCUUGAACAAGAGAAGCUUGAUAUUCAUGAAGAGCGAAGAAAGGCCUUGGACGAAAGGACGAUGCUAGAAAGAGAUUGGUCGGAAGUAAGGAUGAGAGAAGAAGAGGCCAUGCAAACGAUAAGACACAACACAAAUAUGAAAGAGGCAAUAAAAGAGUUGGUUGAAAAGACACAUCAAGACAUUACAAUGAAGAUGCAAUUCAUAGAGCAGAAUAUUCUGGAUGCACAAAAUCAGACAACUAACUUGGAAGUUCAGCAAAAAGAAAUGGAAGAGCAGAAAUUGGAGAUUGACACACACUUUGAACAAAUACAAAGACACAGGGAAGAUCUGAUCAAUUUGAAAUCGGACAUGAUGGUACAAAAACAAGAAAUGCAAAAGAAUUGGAACGAGGAGCUGCUACUGGAGAAACAAGAUCUCAAUACGGAAAAGGAAGCAGUAGACAGGCAAAGCAAAUAUCUGGACACAGUUAAAGAAACAAUCAACAAAGACAACCUUGACUUGGAUAUCAUGAGGUCUGAAAUCCAGAAAGAAACAGAGGCACUGGAAAGAGAGAAAGAAAAGAUCCGGGAACAAACUGAGAUACUAGAAAAAGAUCAAUCUUUUGUGAAAGUAGAAAAAGAAAGACUUGAAAUGUCAAAGGCGGAACUCCAAGAAAAGCAAGACAAAGUUCACGGUCUACAGAGCGAUUUGAACAGUGACAGAGAAAAGAUGGACCAUUUACUUCUUGAAGGCCAAAAGAAAAUCCAAGAACUUCAUAAAGAGAUACAACACAUGAACCAAAAACAGAAACAACAAGAGCUUCUAGACAGUGACCUGAAACGAUUGACUGAUGAUCUCCAAAUUGGGCAGGAAAAUCUAAUAAAACAACAGGAGGAAGUUCAACGUUUUAAGAGUGAUGUCAUGAAUAAGAAGGAGGAGCUUAAAGUGAUCAUGGAAAGAAUCUUUGAAGAGACAGCACAGCUUGAACAAGAGAAGCUUGAUAUUCAUGAAGAGCGAAGAAAGGCCUUGGACGAAAGGACGAUGCUAGAAAGAGAUUGGUCGGAAGUAAGGAUGAGAGAAGAAGAGGCCAUGCAAACGAUAAGACACAACACAAAUAUGAAAGAGGCAAUAAAAGAGUUGGUUGAAAAGACACAUCAAGACAUUACAAUGAAGAUGCAAUUCAUAGAGCAGAAUAUUCUGGAUGCACAAAAUCAGACAACUAACUUGGAAAUUCAGCAAAAAGAAAUGGAAGAGCAGAAAUUGGAGAUUGACACACAUUUUGAACAAAUACAAAGACACAGAGAAGAUCUGAUCAAUAUGAAAUCGGACAUGAUGAUACAAAAAGAAGAAAUGCAAAAGAAUUGGAACGAGGAGCUGCUACUGGAGAAACAAGAUCUCAACACGGAAAAGGAAGCAGUAGACAGGCAAAGCAAAUAUCUGGACACAGUUAAAGAAACAAUCAACAAAGACAACCUUGAUUUGGAUAUCAUGAGGUCUGAAAUCCAGAAAGAAACAGAGGCACUGGAAAGAGAGAAAGAAAAGAUCCGGGAACAAACUGAGAUACUAGAAAGAGAUCAAUCUUUUGUGAAAGUAGAAAAAGAAAGACUUGAAAUGGCAAAGGCGGAACUCCAAGAAAAGCAAGACAAAGUUCAUGGUCUAAAGAGCGAUUUGAACAGUGACAGAGAAAAGAUGGACCAUUUACUUCUUGAAGGCCAAAAGAAAAUCCAAGAACUUCAUAAAGAGAUACAACACAUGGCCCAAAAACAGAAACAACAAGAGCUUCUAGACAGUGACCUGAAACGAUUGACUGAUGAUCUCCAAAUUGGGCAGGAAAAUCUAAUAAAACAACAGGAGGAAGUUCAACGUUUUAAGAGUGAUGUCCUGAAUAAGAAGGAGGAGCUUAAAGUGAUCAUGGAAAUAAUCUUUGAAGAGACAGCACAGCUUGAACAAGAGAAGCUUGAUAUUCAUGAAGAGCGAAGAAAGGCCUUGGACGAAAGGACGAUGCUAGAAAGAGAUUGGUCGGAAGUAAGGAUGAGAGAAGAAGAGGCCAUGCAAACGAUAAGACACAACACAAAUAUGAAAGAGGCAAUAAAAGAGUUGGUUGAAAAGACACAUCAAGACAUUACAAUGAAGAUGCAAUUCAUAGAGCAGAAGAUUCUGGAUGCACAAAAUCAGACAACUAACUUGGAAAUUCAGCAAAAAGAAAUGGAAGAGCAGAAAUUGGAGAUUGAAACAAACUUUGAACAAAUACAAAGACACAGAGAAGAUCUGAUCAAUAUGAGAUCCGACAUGAUGGUACAAAAACAAGAAAUGCAAAAGAAUUGGAACGAGAAGCUGCUACUGGAGAAACAAGAUCUCAAUACGGAAAAGGAAGCAGUAGACAGGCAAAGCAAAUAUCUGGACACAGUUAAAGAAACAAUCAACAAAGACAACCUUGAUUUGGAUAUCAUGAGGUCUGAAAUCCAGAAAGAAACAGAGGCACUGGAAAGAGAGAAAGAAAAGAUCCGGGAACAAACUGAGAUACUAGAAAGAGAUCAAUCUUUUGUGAUAGUAGAAAAAGAAAGACUUGAAAUGGCAAAGGCGGAACUCCAAGAAAAGCAAGACAAAGUUCACGGUCUACAGAGCGAUUUGAACAGUGACAGAGAAAAGAUGGACCAUUUACUUCUUGAAGGCCAAAAGAAAAUCCAAGAACUUCGUAAAGAGAUACAACACAUGGCCCAAAAACAGAAACAACAAGUGCUUCUAGACAGUGACCUGAAACGAUUGACUGAUGAUCUCCAAAUUGGGCAGGAAAAUCUAAUUAAACAACAGGAGGAAGUUCAACGUUUUAAGAGUGAUGUCAUGAAUAAGAAGGAGGAGCUUAAAGUGAUCAUGGAAAGAAUCUUUGAAGAGACAGCACAGCUUGAACAAGAGAAGCUUGAUAUUCAUGAAGAGCGAAGAAAGGCCUUGGACGAAAGGACGAUGCUAGAAAGAGAUUUGUCGGAAGUAAGGAUGAGAGAAGAAGAGGCCAUGCAAACGAUAAGACACAACACAAAUAUGAAAGAGGCAAUAAAAGAUUUGGUGGAAAAGACACAUCAAGCCAUUACAAUGAAGAUGCAAUUCAUAGAGCAGAAUAUUCUGGAUGCACAAAAUCAGACAACUAACUUGGAAAUUCAGCAAAAAGAAAUGGAAGAGCAGAAAUUGGAGAUUGACACACAUUUUGAACAAAUACAAAGACACAGAGAAGAUCUGAUCAAUAUGAAAUCGGACAUGAUGAUACAAAAAGAAGAAAUGCAAAAGAAUUGGAACGAGGAGCUGCUACUGGAGAAACAAGAUCUCAAUACGGAAAAGGAAGCAGUAGACAGGCAUAGCAAAUAUCUGGACACAGUUAAAGAAACAAUCAACAAAGACAACCUUGAUUUGGAUAUCAUGAGGUCGGAAAUCCAGAAAGAAACAGAGGCGCUGGAAAGAGAGAAAGAAAAGAUCCAGGAACAAACUGAGAUACUAGAAAAAGAUCAAUCUUUUGUGAAAGUAGAAAAAGAAAGACUUGAAAUGUCAAAGGCGGAACUCCAAGAAAAGCAAGACAAAGUUCAUGGUCUACAGAGCGAUUUGAACAGUGACAGAGAAAAGAUGGACCAUUUACUUCUUGAAGGCCAAAAGAAAAUCCAAGAACUUCAUAAAGAGAUACAACACAUGGCCCAAAAACAGAAACAACAAGAGCUUCUAGACAGUGACCUGAAACGAUUGACUGAUGAUCUCCAAAUUGGGCAGGAAAAUCUAAUAAAACAACAGGAGGAAGUUCAACGUUUUAAGAGUGAUGUCCUGAAUAAGAAGGAGGAGCUUAAAGUGAUCAUGGAAAUAAUCUUUGAAGAGACAGCACAGCUUGAACAAGAGAAGCUUGAUAUUCAUGAAGAGCGAAGAAAGGCCUUGGACGAAAGGACGAUGCUAGAAAGAGAUUGGUCGGAAGUAAGGAUGAGAGAAGAAGAGGCAAUGCAAACGAUAAGACACAACACAAAUAUGAAAGAGGCAAUAAAAGAGUUGGUUGAAAAGACACAUCAAGACAUUACAAUGAAGAUGCAAUUCAUAGAGCAGAAGAUUCUGGAUGCACAAAAUCAGACAACUAACUUGGAAAUUCAGCAAAAAGAAAUGGAAGAGCAGAAAUUGGAGAUUGAAAUAAACUUUGAACAAAUACAAAGACACAGAGAAGAUCUGAUCAAUAUGAGAUCCGACAUGAUGGUACAAAAAAAAGAAAUGCAAAAGAAUUGGAACGAGGAGCUGCUACUGGAGAAACAAGAUCUCAAUACGGAAAAGGAAGCAGUAGACAGGCAAAGCAAAUAUCUGGACACAGUUAAAGAAACAAUCAACAAAGACAACCUUGAUUUGGAUAUCAUGAGGUCUGAAAUCCAGAAAGAAACAGAGGCACUGGAAAGAGAGAAAGAAAAGAUCCGGGAACAAACUGAGAUACUAGAAAGAGAUCAAUCUUUUGUGAUAGUAGAAAAAGAAAGACUUGAAAUGGCAAAGGCGGAACUCCAAGAAAAGCAAGACAAAGUUCACGGUCUACAGAGCGAUUUGAACAGUGACAGAGAAAAGAUGGACCAUUUACUUCUUGAAGGCCAAAAGAAAAUCCAAGAACUUCAUAAAGAGAUACAACACAUGGCCCAAAAACAGAAACAACAAGAGCUUCUAGACAGUGACCUGAAACAAUUGACUGAUGAUCUCCAAAUUGGGCAGGAAAAUCUAAUUAAACAACAGGAGGAAGUUCAACGUUUUAAGAGUGAUGUCAUGAAUAAGAAGGAGGAGCUUAAAGUGAUCAUGGAAAGAAUCUUUGAAGAGACAGCACAGCUUGAACAAGAGAAGCUUGAUAUUCAUGAAGAGCGAAGAAAGGCCUUGGACGAAAGGACGAUGCUAGAAAGAGAUUUGUCGGAAGUAAGGAUGAGAGAAGAAGAGGCCAUGCAAACGAUAAGACACAACACAAAUAUGAAAGAGGCAAUAAAAGAGUUGGUUGAAAAGACACAUCAAGACAUUACAAUGAAGAUGCAAUUCAUAGAGCAGAAGAUUCUCGAUGCACAAAAUCAGACAACUAACUUGGACGUUCAGCAAAAAGAAAUGGAAGAGCAGAAAUUGGAGAUUGACACACACUUUGAACAAAUACAAAGACUCAGUGAAGAUCUGAUCAAUUUGAAAUCGGACAUGAUGGUACAAAAACAAGAAAUGCAAAAGAAUUGGAACGAGGAGCUGCUACUGGAGAAACAAGAUCUCAAUACGGAAAAGGAAGCAGUAGACAGGCAAAGCAAAUAUCUGGACACAGUCAAAGAAACAAUCAACAAAGACAACCUUGACUUGGAUAUCAUGAGGUCUGAAAUCCAGAAAGAAACAGAGGCACUGGAAAGAGAGAAAGAAAAGAUCCGGGAACAAACUGAGAUACUAGAAAGAGAUCAAUCUUUUGUGAUAGUAGAAAAAGAAAAACUUGAAAUGGCAAAGGCGGAACUCCAAGAAAAGCAAGACAAAGUUCACGGUCUACAGAGCGAUUUGAACAGUGACAGAGAAAAGAUGGACCAUUUACUUCUUGAAGGCCAAAAGAAAAUCCAAGAACUUCAUAAAGAGAUACAACACAUGAACCAAAAACAGAAACAACAAGAGCUUCUAGACAGUGACCUGAAACGAUUGACUAAUGAUCUCCAAAUUGGGCAGGAAAAUCGAAUAAAACAACAGGAGGAAGUUCAACGUUUUAAGAGUGAUGUCAUGAAUAAGAAGGAGGAGCUUAAAGUGAUCAUGGAAAGAAUCUUUGAAGAGACAGCACAGCUUGAACAAGAGAAGCUUGAUAUUCAUGAAGAGCGAAGAAAGGCCUUGGACGAAAGGACGAUGCUAGGAAAGAGAUUGGUCGGAAGUAAGGAUGAGAGAAGAAGAGGCCAUGCAAACGAUAAGACACAACACAAAUAUGAAAGAGGCAAUAAAAGAGUUGGAUUGAAAAGACACAUCAAGACAUUACAAUGAAGAUGCAAUUCAUAGAGCAGAAGAUUCUGGAUGCACAAAAUCAGACAACUAACUUGGAAAUUCAGCAAAAAGAAAUGGAAGAGCAGAAAUUGGAGAUUGAAACAAA